AUGUUGGCCGCUAGAAAUUCCUACAAGAACGCCGCCAAGCGUUUUGUCCGUUUGCAGUCGACCUCGGCCCCAUCCGGUCCUGUCAUUGGUAUCGAUUUGGGUACCACCAACUCGGCCGUUGCCGUUAUGGAAGGCAAGGUUCCUAAAAUUAUUGAGAACUCCGAGGGUGGUAGAACCACUCCAUCCAUCGUGGCUUUCACCAAGGAUGGCGAACGUUUAGUUGGUAUUCCAGCCAAGCGUCAAGCUGUGGUGAACCCAGAGAACACUCUUUUCGCUACCAAGAGAUUGAUUGGUAGAAGAUUCGAGGACAAGGAGGUCCAGAGAGAUCUCUCCCAGGUUCCAUACAAGAUUGUCAAGCACGACAACGGUGACGCCUGGAUUGAGGCUCGUGGCCAGAAGUACUCGCCACAGCAGAUUGGUGGUUUCGUUUUGAACAAGAUGAAGGAGACUGCCGAGGCUUACAUGGGUAAGCCAGUCAACAAUGCCGUUGUCACUUGUCCUGCUUACUUUAACGACGCUCAGCGUCAGGCCACCAAGGACGCUGGUAAGAUUGUUGGUUUGAACGUCAUGAGAGUGGUUAACGAGCCAACCGCUGCCGCUUUGGCUUACGGUUUGGAGAAGAACGAUGGUGAGGUUGUUGCCGUCUUCGACUUGGGUGGAGGUACUUUCGAUAUCUCCGUGUUGGACAUUGGUGCUGGUGUCUUUGAGGUUAAGUCCACCAACGGUGACACCCACUUGGGUGGUGAGGACUUUGACAUUGCUAUCGUCAGAAACAUUGUUGAGACUUUCAAGAAGGAGAGUGGUAUUGACUUGGAGAAGGACAGAAUGGCCAUUCAGAGAAUCAGAGAGGCCGCCGAGAAGGCCAAGAUUGAGUUGUCCUCCACUGUUUCCACCGAGAUCAACUUGCCUUUCAUCACUGCUGAUGCCUCUGGUCCAAAGCACAUCAACCAGAAGAUCACCAGAGCUCAGUUCGAGACCUUGGUUGAGCCUUUGAUCAAGAGAACCAUCGAGCCAUGUAAGAAGGCUUUGAAGGAUGCUGGUUUGAACACUUCCGACAUCUCCGAGGUUAUCUUGGUUGGUGGUAUGUCCAGAAUGCCAAAGGUUGUUGAGACCGUCAAGUCCAUCUUUGGUAAGGAGCCAUCCAAGGCUGUCAACCCAGAUGAGGCUGUCGCUAUGGGUGCUGCCAUUCAGGGUGGUAUCUUGGCCGGUGAGGUCAAGGAUGUUGUCCUUUUGGAUGUCACCCCAUUGUCCUUGGGUAUUGAGACCAUGGGUGGUGUUUUCGCUAGAUUGAUCUCUAGAAACACCACCAUCCCAGCUAAGAAGUCCCAAAUCUUCUCCACUGCUUCCGCUGGUCAGACCUCUGUUGAGAUCAGAGUGUUCCAGGGUGAGAGAGAGUUGACUAGAGACAACAAGUUGAUUGGUAACUUCACUUUGUCUGGUAUCCCACCAGCACCAAAGGGUGUCCCACAAAUCGAGGUCACCUUCGACAUUGACACCGAUGGUAUCAUUAAGGUUUCCGCUCGUGACAAGGCCUCUAACAAGGACGCAUCCAUCACUGUUGCUGGUUCUUCUGGUUUGUCCGACUCUGAGAUCGAGAAGAUGGUCCAGGACGCUGAGAAGUUCGCUGAGUCCGACAAGGCCAGAAGAGAGGCUAUUGAGAAUGCCAACAGAGCCGACCAAUUGUGUAACGACACCGAGAACUCUUUGAACGAAUUCAAGGACAAGCUCGAGCAGGGUGACGCUGACAAGCUCAAGGAGCUCAUCAGCUCUGUCAGAGAGAUUGCCGUUAAGGCCCAGGCCGGUGAGGAGGUUGACGCCACUGAGUUGAAGAACAAGACCGAGGAGUUGCAGAACGAGUCCUUGAAGGUGUUCGAGAAAUUGUACAAGAACAACGAGAACAACUCUAACGACUCUGAGCAGCAAAAA